CCAACGUUGGAAGGCAAUGUUCUUGCGCAUAACGCGAACCAGAAGUACUAGAAAACAACUGUCUGACCUGAACUAUGUCGACCCAAAUGCUCUUCCUCGUUACCCUGGUCGUCCUCUCAUCUUCCAUGCGAUCCCAUGCGGUGGAGUACACCGUGACGAACAACGCGGGCAACACUACCGGCAGCAUCCGUUUCACUAAUGAGAUCGGGAUCCCGUACAGCAAGCAGACGCUGACCGAUUCCACCGGUUUCAUUUGGAGGACCUUCCAACAGAACAGUCCCGCGGACCAAAAGGCCGUCGCCCAAGUGAGCUUGUUCAUCGACAACAUGGACGGCGUGGCAUACACGAGUGGUGACAAGAUCCAUGUCAGCGCCACAUACCUCGGGCACUUCUCGGGGGACGUGAAGAGGGAGUUCACGGGGGUCCUGUACCACGAGAUGACGCACGUGUGGCAAUGGAACGGGGCCGGGCAAGCCCCUGGCGGGCUCAUUGAGGGGAUUGCCGAUUUCGUGAGGCUCCGGUCAGGGUACGUGCCUGGCCACUGGGUGAAGCCAGGCCAGGGCGAUAGGUGGGACCAUGGUUACGACGUCACGGCGCGGUUUCUCGACUACUGCAAUGGCCUCAGGAACGGGUUCGUGGCCGAGCUGAACAAGAAGAUGAGGACUGGUUAUAGCGAUAACUACUUCGUCGACCUGCUAGGCAAGGGCGUUGACCAGCUCUGGAAGGACUACAAGGCUAAGUACGCCACCUGACUGGAGUCCAUCCCCGUUCUACAGAUGUAUGUGCUUGACAAAAAGCAUGGUUAAACUGCGUUAUGAAAUAAAACGUAUAAAAAUCAAAUUUGGAUUAUUUGCGGCUUA